AUGGACCCUGAAAAUUCCGCUCUACUUUCUGCCUUAUGGGAGGAACAAACAAGAGGUCAAACAGUAGACCAGACUGCUUCUCAGCUUUCAGCACAGGUCGCCGUGCCAGACCCAGACCCUGCUCUUUUCCUCGACAUGUUUGGCACAACAGCACCUUUUGCUAACACCCCAGGCCUUUCCCCAGGAUUAAGCUCUCUUUCUCCAGAUGUUUUGUCAUCUCAACCACAACUACCAAACAGUGAAGCUCUCUAUAUUCAAACAGCUCCUCUGCUGCCAUCAUCUGCUUCAUCUUCAGUCCCACUGUUACCUCAAAUAACACCCAUUAUGUCCCAACAAUUACAACAACAACAACAGCAACAGCAACAGCAACAGCAACAAAUACCGCAACAAAUGCAGCAACCGCUUCAACUCACGCAAAAUGCCCAAAUGCAGCUUGCCAAGUCAAAAUCUCGCAAGCUCACAUCAGAAGAAAUGGAUAAUAGUAAUCCUUCGAUAACUUCUGACGGCAAACCGCGCAAGCAUAUUCGGCGCGCAUGUCUAGAAUGCCGAAAGCGUCAUAUUCGUUGCGACGGUGUUAUGCCCAUUUGCAAAAAAUGCCAAGAAAAUAAUCGUGAGUGCUCCUAUGUGCCCUCUAACCGUGGUGGUUUGCGCAUACCAAAAAACAAACAACUCAAGUUACAAGAACAACUCCAGGAUAAGGAUAAGCCUCAGUGGGCUUUUGCAUCCCCUUGCAUGAUGGACUCAGUUUUAGCCAAGUCUAUGACGGCUCGUGGUGCUUCUAGCAACAAGUCUCAAGAAGUUCCAGUACCCAUUGAGUCGGAAAAUUAUCAAAAUGAGUCAGAAGUAGUGGAUACUCUUUUUUACUCUCCACCCUCAAAUUCAUCUUCUCCAAACUCAACAACUCUCUCUGUAUCUUCAUCCCAAUCUCCUCCUCAGCCUUUAGUUCUUAGAUUCUCUCCUGAACCUGAAUGCUCUCCGGCGAAAAAGAAGGAUAAUUCCGAGGAAAAUAAAAUUAAUGAAGUCAUUAAUGGUGUUUUCGCUCUUAGUCCUUAUGCAGAGCGGUCAGAUAACAUUUGCAACCGUAUGGGGUCACUCGACCAUUCACCAGAACUUUCUUCUUCCACUCCUUCAACUUCACCCCAAAAAGAUAUUUCCUCAGGAACUUCCCCAAGUUUCCCCACACCCUUGGGGUCAGAAUCUUCAGAACAGUCUUUGGAUGAUACCCUUGACCUCUACUAUGCCCUUUUCCAUCAAAAGAAUCCCAUUCUUCCUCCACGCGAAAAGAUUAAAUCCUACCUUGCUUCUAUUGACAAGCCUACUGAGCUUGUUAUGACAAUCAAGCUUAUAGUCUACAUUAGUACUAACCCGGCCUCUCCUCGGCUCUCAGACCUUGAACCCCGAAUUAAAUCAGCUUAUUCUACUUUGGAAGAAGCCCCUGAUGAUGUUGUUAAACUUCAAGCUUCAAUCUUACUAUUACUUGCAGCUCAUCUCAAUACAGAUAAUACCACCUCGCUUUCGCUGCGCAACUGGCUCUUUUACUUUCUGUUUCAUAAACUCUCCUCCUAUAAUCUCAUGGCUCCUGUCUCCGACUUUAACAAUUCUGGCGCUUCUGUUCCAGUAGAUAUAUUCCUCAGUCCUCGGCUGGCUCAGGUUGAUAAAAAAAUUCUUCAAGAAUCAGUUGCACGUUUAGUUCACGAAGCCUUUUUCUUGGAAAUUCUCUUUUCGUUAAUUGGCCGCACCCCACUAACCCGUUUUGCCCUUUCUGGAGUUACUGAAACUAUUCCAGUAUCCAACAUUCCUGGAUUUGCAUACAACUCACGUUACAAAACUGCAAAAAUUGUACGAACUAUAUUGUGCUCCUUGACAACAGUAGGCUCUGGAAUUUGCUUCUCUACUGAGUUUGGUCGCAUCCAAUCUUUAAUUUCUACUUUUAGAGUCUUUUUAUCUGGAGGAGGCCAAAAUAAACAUUCACAGUUCCCCCCAUUAGUUGACCCUGCAUGUGGACUUGUGGACGAUGGUAUUCAUCAAGCUUCUAUGAUUCUCAACUUUGCAGCAAUAAUUCUUAAUUUCCCCUUUUCCAACCUUAUGCAAAGCAAUAAACUCCCGAGUUAUGUCGAUUGCACGGAGUCUUCAGGUCCUAUCAUGGGCCCUGGUGCAUUAAAGCGCUCAAAGCAUGAGGCUCAAACUAGUACAGAUCGUUGCAUUGAGGCUGCAAACUCUAUUGUUAAUGUUAUUCCGCUCAUUGGUGUAAACCACAUUAUGGACCGUUCACCAACCUUUUCCUGUUCACUUUCUAUGGCUAUGCUAGUCCACAUGAAGGCAUAUCAUUGGUGUACCAAAGGUGCAGGUUCUGGUGAACGAGGAACUUGUGGAGAAGAAAAUGUUCAAAAACUUAUGGAAGCUGUUAAACUUGAGAGCAGCACACUAAAACGCUUUUCGCGUAACUGGAUUCUUCCUGGAAAGCUCAAUACAAGUUUGUGCAAUGUUAUGUUUAAUGUCUUGCCCGAGCUUUAUGAGUACACUGUGGAGACUACAAUUCACCCCAAACGCAAAGCUGAAGAAGACCAGGCUAAGCGGAUGAUUGAGCGUAACUGCUGGAUGAAUAAGCUCAAUAUCCCUGAUUUUGAAAACUUGAACGAGAUGGAAAACAAGCCAAACAUUGAACUAGGACUUGAUAUUUUUGAUCAACUCUUUGAUUUUGAGGCAACGGCCAAUAAUAACAGUACCUCGGUAUCUUCUGAGAAUCCUAGGCCUGUUGUCACGACUACAGUUGGUAGUAAAAUUGAAGCGUAG